GGUAUGCCCUCCCAUGGCUUGGUUCCCAUCGAUGGGUAAAGGUUCCCAUCGCUGGGAAAAGACAUUCUGCCUUGUGAUUAUAUUGAAUCAAGGCUUGAACAGCAAUGAGUAGAACUUCCUAUCGUUGUUUGACAUGGUUCUGGAGUCCAGCUGAGCUAAAGGCUGCUUACCCAUCGAUGGGAGGUGUUUUCGGCGAUGACCCAAAGCUUCGUCAUCUUGGUGCUCGGUCUGGCGUUGUGAAUGUCGGAGGACACGAUGAGGUCCAUGACGAGGAAGACGUACGACAAGCUUGGCUCGGUGGUGAGGGAGGCGCAAUCCGCCAUGUGAACCAUGACGAACUUUGCCUAAUUGAUGGAGGCACCGUGGAUGAUUUCAUGAAUCGCCUUCAAAUCCUCGUUGAAGAGCAAGGUGUGACUGCCGUCGCGAGGGCGGAGAAUCCGGGUGAGGAUGUAGAGAAGAAGGCGCUUCUCCGGCGAGGCCGAGUGGAUUGUCGGUGCGCCGCUGUGGCGGAUGAGGUUGGUGAUCCCAAGCUCUCGAAUGACGACCGCCUCGUUGUUGAGGGUCCAAUCGUUGCCUCCGUACGUCGCGAUGGCGUCUCCUCGGAUGGGCAGUCCUGCGAUCCGUGCAAAAGUCGGAAAAUCAAUCUCUAUGUCGUAGAGAUUGAUGUUGCUGUAAAUGGUGUCGCCAUCGCGGCGGAGAUUGGAGUAGAAUGCCCGGACAAAGGCGGGAUUGUAGGACGUGCGACUCUUGGAGACGAAGGGCCACAAACCCGACGUUUGGAGUUGGUUGUCGAGCUCGUGAUACCCCUUUUGUUGGGGGAACAAUUCUGGGAGCACUCAGGGCGGAGAGAUUGGGUGUUUGGCGAAGUGCGUGAGGAACCGGUUGAGUUCCUCUUCCGACCUGAACUCGAGAAAGGAUCUGUCAAGGGAUGGCAGGAUCCCAUCGAUGGGAAGAUGGCCACUAGAAAGCGAGGAAGAAGUCAAGGCUGCCUUCCCAGCGAUGUGUGGAUUCUCCCAUCGAUGGGAACAUGGCUACUGGAAAGUGCAGAAACAACGAGGGUUUCCCUGGUCGUAAGUUUAUUUUUGACCUCCCCUAAAGCAACCGGGGGUGGAAUGGUUUCCCCAUCUUACUCUCCCCUGGCCGGUCUGAGGUGGAACGAUCACCUCCUAAAUCACGAGUUCACCGAACCAGCAACCACUCCUGACUUGGAGGAGAGUCUGGAGAAACUGCUCUGCGGUGAUCCCUACACCGGGAUGAAAUAUCACUAUAGGAGCUGGGUCUGGUGGAUCAAUCGGGGUGGCGAGGGUACCUCGCAGGCCCAUAAAGUAGAGGGGCGCGGUGUAUCGUUCCCGAGAAACACUACAGAGGUUGAGGGCCAUUGUCACUCAGACACGGAGUUCAAAGAGUUCAAUGUCCCCGUGGGUGAGGACGUUGGAGCAGCCGGUAGCUCCCAGGCUGCAACUUCCUCCAAGAAUAUCCUGGUUGUUGCUCCUAUAGAGGAAUAAGUGAGGAACCCAAUCCUUGAGAAUUUUUGUAGAUUGAACUUGAAUCUUUCACAUGUCAGCACAAACCCAAUAAUGGAAGAGAAACAUAGCAGAAGGUAGCACACGCCAAGCCCAAGACAGUCCUCAACAGAACAAAAACAAUACCAAAGAACAUGAACACGAGACAAAUAAUAUCAAGAUGGUGUAAAUAAACCACCGGGUAAACAGUUUUAGAUCGGAACUAGGAUUGUUUACUAGAUUUGAUAAAGUAAAAAGUUGUAAACAUAAAGGUUAACCAGGAGG